GCUGCACAUCGUCUCCCGCGACCAGAUGUAAGGCUGAGAGAUUUGUCUGCUUUGUGAUUCACGACGCGGAAUCUCUCAUGUUACUCAACUUUAGGUGAGCCGAUUGGCUCGUCCGCUGUUACUGUCGUCAAUACGCUUGUUUGCCCAUCAUGAGAGCCACGCAGCCUCUUGCAAAGAGCUUUCUUGCGCGGAGUUUUGACGAGCUCAAGAGGCGCUCCAGCAUAGCCUGGAACCUCGACGCCGUCAAGGGUCCCUCAGGCCCCCGCGAGCUCUACGACUUCCACAGCGCCGAUUCCGUGAGCAACUGCAUUGUCAUGUCCGACAAAUUGAUCGGCGGUUCCUCCACCAGCAGUCUCGACUUUAUCCAUUCCUCGACCUCCUCCUCCUCCUCGCCGUCUCACGCACGCUUCUACGGCCACAUCUCGACCUCACUCCCACCAGAUCGCUUGGCAAUUCAGCGGACAGGCUAUGCCGCGUUUCGGACACCAGACCAGCCGCCCACAGUCUUCGGUCGCUCUGUUUGGGAUAUAGACCCUUACACAUAUCUCGCAUUGCGGAUCAAAUCCGAUGGCAGGGCAUAUUACGUCAAUGUACAGACAGAGAGUGUUGAGCCGACAGACCUACAUCAGCAUCGGCUAUUUGCAAAGCGCCCUGGGCAAUGGGAAACGAUUCUGAUUCGGUGGAAUGACUUUGUGCGCACAAACCAUGGCUUCGUCGUUGAACCACAAACAGAGCUUUUAAGACAAAGAGUCCAUAGUGUAGGCAUUGGGCUGACGGAUCGCGUGGAAGGGCCCUUUGAGCUCUGCAUCGAGAGAGUGUGGGCAACGAAUGGAGCUGAAGAGACACGCAAGACGAAAGAAACACAGGAGGGGGAGCUGAAGAACAGGAAGGGCGAAAAGAUUCAGUGGUGAAAUCGCAAUAGUAGCAUGUUGGACCAAUUCCAUGCAAAUGAUUGAUCCAACAUGUAUGAGCGGGGAAAUUAUCCGCUUCGUUGGCAUGCGAAACUACGAAGCUAGAUGAUAUGAUUGACAUUGUUCAACGUCGCCCACAAUAUAUCUAAGUUAACUGUGAUUAAUCUGAAUGGCCUCAUUCAACCAAGGUGGUCCAAGCUAAGCAAGCUAUUGUGGACCAAAACCUAUUCACUUUUGGCAGGUUCUCUUGUCUACAGAAGACUUGCUCAUUCCCUUUCAAAUACAGGAUUCCCGAUCUUGUUCC